AUGAACGUGUCUUCCGUAAACGGUGGUUGUAAGCAUGAAACCCGUUCUAUUCAAUAUCGACGACGUAUUCCAUAUAGUUUAGGGACGGAUCCUUUACUUCCUGUAAACCCUCUAUCCUUACAACCGUUAUCUCACGUGGAUACAGAGCACCUAACGUCUCAGUUAAACGAGUUUUUUCAUACGAUUGUCUUGGACGAAGAUGGUGUUCAAAAACGAUAUCAAUUUGUCCGCAAGUUGGAAUCCAUACUCCAAAACAAAUGGCCUGAAAGAAAUAUUCAAACAGUUCUUUUUGGUUCCACCGAGUCUUUACUUGCAGACAAACACGCAGAUAUCGAUUUAUGUAUAUUGACUGAUCCAUCUCAACCGGCUCCUACCACUUGCGAAAUCUCUUCUGCUUUCGCUGAAAGCGGUUUGGAAAAAGUCGUAUGUAUUUCUACUGCCAGAGUUCCAAUCGUCAAAGUUUGGGACCGCGAAUUAAAUCUGUCAUGCGAUUGUAACAUUAACAAAACAAUUUCUACGAUCAAUACCAAGCUUAUGCAGACGUAUAUACUUUCUGACCCUCGAGUUCGAACUUUAAUUGUAAUGAUAAAAUACUGGGCUAAAAAGAGAUGUCUAAAUGACGCCGCCGAAAACGGCACCCUCACGUCGUAUACCAUCAGCUGUAUGGUUAUAAACUUUCUGCAGAAACGAAGCCCUUCCAUUCUCCCCAGCUUACAAAUGAUUCCCCAUUUGCAAACAAAUUUGACUCAAAAUGAAGGCUUGGAUGUUUCCUUUUGCGAAUUUCCCGAACUUGUUUUCGGAUUUGGGGAUAGAAACCACGAGUCUCUUGGUACUUUAUUCAUCGAGUUUUUCCGUUAUUUUGGUUACCUUUUUGAUUAUGAUCACUCCGUAAUAUCUGUGCGUCAUGGUACAAUUCUUUCAAAACGUGCCAAGGGUUGGCAAUUCCAACUAAAUAAUUGUUUGUGUGUGGAAGAGCCUUUUCGGAACUCUCGAAAUUUGGCAAAUACGGCGGAUGAUAUUACCGUCAAAGGAUUACAACUUGAAUUUCGUCGAGCUUUUCGUUACCUUAGUCAUAACGGUAACUUGAAUGAUGCGUGUUCACAGUUUGUAUUUCCUCCUAUAGAAAAUUCUUUGUCUAUGGAGAGCUAUGUUCGUGAAUUGCUCGCUGAAACAAACAGUACACCACUGGGUCCUGAAGCGAGCUUUUCGAAUUCGACUCCAGACUUUUCUCAUAUGAAUUGGUUUUAUGAUUCUUUUACUUUUAUGCCCUCUCCUUUCGUUACUACAACUUCAGCAAAUGCAGACAAUAACAAAUCUCUCCCUAUGAUACCUUGUACAUAUGUGGAUCCAUACGCCUAUGCUAAUUACAUGAAUAAUUCGAAUCACUUGCCGCCUUCUUACCUUGACCUUUAUGGAUUAAAUGGCCGAAUAGGUUAUCCAAAUCAUAAUCGAUUCCAUGAUGAGAAAGCUGACUGGAAUCCUCGCGAUACAAAGCAUUCCAAUCAUUUCCGUAGAAAUACUCGAAAUCACAAGUCAAGAAAAAAGAAUCAAGGCGAAUCAUUCAACUUUACUUCGGAGGCUGUCCAUAUGCCAUCCAAGGAUGGUCGUAAUAUUCCGUCAAACCCAUCUACUACUUCCCAUGCCCCUUCUCCUCAUCAUAUACAUAAACAACCGAUCCUUCAACCUAUUCCUGCUUUCAAAGGUUAG